AUGGCGGAUGAUGGUAUGCUUCUGAAUUUUGAGCUGGGCUCUGGGCCUCUCCAGACCCAGGUCAAAUAUAAAGGCGGCCGAUGGCGAGACAGGAAGCGCGCUGAGAGGAGCGCAAACCUGCGGCACACCCGUCCCUCCUCCGACCAAACGCAAAACGACGACAGCUUUCGAUCGUCAAAACGGCAAAGAGUUAAUCACGACACAUCAGGAAUUCAGCCAAGCUACGGACAAACCUCUCGAUAUAAUCGAUCUGGCCACGAUGCCGUAGAAAAUGAUGGUCCCGAUCAGCACAAGUCCGACCCCUCGGCCAAGGGCAAUCGCCAGGUUAUCUCGCGCCUCUUUUCCUUCAAUCCGGCUCAGACGACCGAAAAUAAAAAAGAAGAAGAAGAAUGGAAAGCACCACAACCCACCAAUGCGCCACUCACCGAUGUUGCCAAUUUUGGUUCACUUACCCUCUCCACUCGACUUGUCGAUGCCUUGGCCAAGAUGAACCUCGAACGUCCUACCGCCAUUCAACAAAAAGUCAUCCCGCAUAUGCUGUCUAAUAGUGGCGACGCCUUUGUACAAGCCGAAACUGGUUCCGGAAAGACAUUUUCUUACCUCCUCCCCAUACUGCAUCGAGUUCUGAUGCUCAGCAGUCAAGGCGACGGCAAACAAAUACAUCGAGAUUCCGGUAUUUUUGCCAUCAUCGUUUCACCUACCCGAGAGCUUGCGAAGCAAACACAUACCGUCCUUGAGCAGCUUAUCAGACCCUUUCCAUGGCUGGUAUCGACCGCAAUCACUGGUGGAGAGUCCAAAAAGGCCGAAAAAGCAAGGAUUAGAAAGGGUGUCAACUUUCUGGUUGCUACACCCGGACGUCUGGCUGAUCACAUUGACAACACAAAGGCUCUGAAUAUGGGCACUGUCCGCUGGCUUAUUCUGGACGAGGGUGACCGACUGAUGGACUUGGGCUUCGAGGAAGAUUUGAAAAAGACCAUUGAUGCGCUUAAGAAUGUCCCGGUCGCCAAAAUUACAGAAAACGGAACAUCUCUCGAGAGUCUGCCCGCGAGACGAGUCACAGUGCUGUGCUCAGCUACUAUGAAGAUGAAUGUUCAAAAGCUGGGAGAAAUGAGUCUUGCCGAUGCAACGUUUUUGGCUACCGAAAAGAGCGACGACGACAAAAUGAACGAGGACAUUGUUCACAAAGCCCCGGCCCAAUUACACCAAACGUACAUUAUCGUUCCUUCCAAGCUUCGUCUAGUGACGCUCACGUCAUACCUCAAAUCAGUCUUCUCCAGGCGUGGACGCACUAUGAAGGCCAUUGUCUUUAUGUCAUGCGCUGACACCGUUGAUUUCCAUUAUGAAAUGCUCCGCAACCCCAACGAGACAGAGUUGCCAGCAGCUGCACAAAAGGAAAAGGAGCUAAUUGAGAAGACAGUCUCCAAGGCUGCGUACAUCACGUCACCCGCAAGCCCAGACGUCAUUUUGCAUAGAAUGCAUGGCUCGCUCUCCCAACCGAUCCGGACAGCAACCCUGAAAUCCUUCUCCGCCUGCAAGUCGCCAUCCCUGCUCAUCACCACCGACGUGUCAUCUCGAGGCUUAGAUAUCCCAUCCGUGGAUUUGGUCAUUGAGUACGAUCCAGCAUUCAGUUUCGCCGACCACAUCCACCGCGUGGGACGAACAGCCCGUGCCGGUAGAUCUGGCGACGCCACGCUCUUCCUCCUUCCCGGGACCGAAGAAGGCUACAUUGAGCUCCUCAAAUCCUCAACCCCUCCCUCGUCCCAAUCAUAUGAGAACAUCCUCAAGACGGGCUUGAUGAACAAGCUUGAGUUCCCUGUCGAAACCUCCGCCACCCCCACAGACGGCCAAUCAUACCACGAUAAAGCUGAAUCACUACAGCUUCACUUUGAACAGCGCCUCCUCAACGACAACAAACGCCUGGAGCUCGCACGCAACGGCUUCAAGUCUCAUAUCAGAGCAUACGCAACACAUAUCCGUGAAGAACGAGUCCACUUUGACAUCACGCAGCUGCACCUGGGACACGUCGCGAAAAGCUUCGGCCUCCGCGAUCCACCUGGCGGCAUAGGCGCGGGUAUCGAUCGCAAAGCCAAGAAGAAGAAGGGCUCGGCCAACCACAAGGAUCGCCACUCUUCCUUCAAGGACGACGACACUUCAUCAGCGGCUGUGGAUCAGAGGCCAGCCAUGGAUAUUAUUAAGCAGAAAAGCAUGAUGUUGAUGAGUGGCGCCGCAGAUGAAUUCAACAUUGGUUAA